CAGAGAGGGAGAGGGAUCGCGGCAGGUGAAGGGAGUUUGAAGGAAAGAAGGGAAAGGAAAAGGGUGGAAAAGGCUCAGGGAGCGAAGCAAAAUCUCGGAGAAAAGGGACGAAAAGGAGGGAGGGACCCAUAUGCUCCCUGCUGGAACUAGCUGUUGGAAGAGGACCGGAGCAGAGUCCCAAGCCCCCCAGCCUGGCGGGGGACGCGCUUCUUCCUACACCCUGUGCCUCUGCAGCUCCAGCGAACGGACCCGACGGCUGAGAGGAGAAGAUGGGGAGCCCUGAGGAUGACCUGAUUGGAAUCCCAUUCCCAGACCACAGCAGCGAGCUCCUGAGCUGCCUGAACGAGCAGCGCCAGCUGGGCCAUCUGUGCGACCUCACCAUCAGGACGCAGGGUCUUGAGUACCGCACCCACAGGGCUGUGCUGGCUGCCUGUAGCCACUACUUCAAGAAGCUCUUUACGGAGGGUGGAGGGGGAACUGUGAUGGGAACAGGGGGUGGUGGGACUGCUUCUGGGGGAGCAGGGGCCGGUGUGUGUGAGCUGGACUUUGUAGGGCCGGAGGCUCUAGGUGCCCUGCUCGAGUUUGCUUACACAGCUACACUGACCACCAGCAGCGCCAAUAUGCCGGCUGUACUCCAAGCCGCUCGGCUACUGGAAAUCCCGUGUGUCAUCGCUGCUUGCAUGGAGAUCCUACAAGGCAGUGGGCUGGAAGCCCCCAGCCCAGAUGAGGAUGACUGUGAGCGAGCCCGACAGUACCUGGAGGCUUUCGCCACUGCCACUACCACAGCCUCAACCUCAGGAAUGCCAAACGGUGAAGACAACCCUCCACAGGUGCCCCUCCUCCCACCACCACCGCCACCACCUCGACCUGUCGCCCGCCGCAGCCGCAAACCCCGGAAAGCUUUUCUUCAAACCAAAGGGGCCCGAGCAAACCAUCUGGUCCCUGAGGCCCCCACAGUACUCACCCAUCCCUUGACCUACGAAGAAGAAGAGGUGGUUGGUAGAUUGGGUAACAGUGGGGGCAGUGGGCUCGGAGAUAGCUAUAGUCCUCCCACAGGUGGCGCCUCACCUGCCGAGGGGCCCCUGAACUAUGAAGUCUUUGAAGGUGAGGAAGAAGAGGAGGAGAUGGUAUACCCCCCAGGCUACGGGCUAGCCCAGAGUAAUGAGCCCUCGCUCUCACCAGAGGAGCUGGGCUCAGACGAAGAUCCCAUUGACCCCGACCUGAUGGCAUAUCUAAGUUCGCUGCACCAGGACGCUCUGGCACCAGGCCUGGAUGGGCAAGACAAGCUGGUGCGUAAACGUCGUUCACAGAUGCCCCAAGAGUGCCCAGUCUGUCACAAGAUAAUCCACGGGGCAGGCAAACUGCCUCGGCACAUGAGGACCCACACUGGUGAGAAGCCCUUUGCCUGUGAGGUCUGCGGCGUGCGCUUCACCAGGAAUGACAAGCUGAAGAUCCACAUGCGGAAGCACACAGGAGAACGCCCCUACUCAUGCCCCCACUGCCCAGCCCGCUUCCUGCAUAGCUACGACCUCAAGAACCACAUGCACCUGCACACCGGGGACCGGCCCUAUGAGUGCCACCUGUGCCACAAGGCUUUCGCCAAGGAGGACCACCUGCAGCGCCAUCUCAAGGGUCAGAACUGCCUGGAGGUGCGCACCCGAAGGCGCCGCAAGGAUGAUGUGGCCCCUCACUACCCACCGCCCUCGACCACCACCUCAUCCCCUGCUGGCCUUGACCUCUCUAAUGGCCACCUGGACACCUUCCACCUCUCUCUGGCUCGAUUCUGGGAGCAGUCGGCCCCCACGGGACCCCCAGUCACUACACAAGGGCCCCCUGAGGAGGAGGAGGAGGAAGGGACACCUACCACACCACAGGCAGAAGGUGCCAUGGAGUCCUCUUAAAAGAGGGAUGAAUGGGCAGGAUGGAACAGCACAAGGCCUGGGACACCACGCCAAGCAAUGGGGAGCACAUAAAACAAGUGGUAUCGGGGUCGGGGAUGCUGAACCUUGUUGGUAUCAGAAUCGAACGCCCCUUCCCCCCCAGAGCCUUCAUUCCAAUUACAAGCUGAGGUUUUGGGGCACAAGCUCUCUAGAUUGGGGUGAUCACCCAAGGAGUUAAACAUGAAAUAUAUGUCUGUGUGUGUGUGUGUGUAUAUAUAUAUAUAUAUAUAUAUAUAUAUAUAUAUAUAUAUAUAUAUAUACACACACACACAAUAAAGGUGGGGUCCCUGUCCCCAGCCACUACUGGGGAAUUGAAGCAAUAAUCUAUCUCUGAUUUGUGGGGUCCCACUUCGGCUAUGCGGGUUUCUAGGAGGCUGGGGUUUAGGACCAAAUCCUUGCCCUACUCCCAUGCCCCCUGGGUUUUGGCUGUGAGGGGGUGGACUGCCCCUCCCUUCCGAGACCCCUCCUUCCUGGUUUCUGUUCCUUUUUCCUGGCCGUAAAUUAUGCAAAGGGGGGUGGCAAAGGAAGGGUAAGAGGGGGCAAACAAGGUAGAGGCUUGAAAGACUGGGGUGGCGGCGGGGAUGGGGGGGCGACUGGGCCUGUACGGACGGAGCCAUCCCAGUCCCCCUCCACCCAGUUCCAACGCUGAGUCAUGGGGUCCUGGAGAAGAAGAGGGCAGGGUGGCCUGAUUGGCUCGCCCGCCCCUGGGGGUAGCAGAAGGUCUCCGCCCAGCUAAGGGAGCUCUCCACCUCUUCCCUCCCGCGUCCUGGGGCAGGGAAUGUCUUGUUCCUGGCGCUCCCUCCCUGGGGCCAGAGGGCAGGGCGGGCCGGGCGUCUUACCCUCUUCUCCUCCCUACCUCCCCGCCCAGGUGCAAGCGGGAGCCGCCUCUGCUGCUUGCUGCCCCUGACUCACGCCGCCCCCGGGCUGGCGGGCGCUGGGUGUGGGGUGGGGUGAGGGGUUGAAGUAGCCUUGUGGGGAGCGGGCAAGCUAGCGCCAUCUGGUGGCCAUGCCCUGUAAGGGCGAACGCUUCCCGCCCCCCGCCC